UCCUAUUUCAAAAAGAUGGCGGAUGAUUUAGAAAGCUCAUCUGCUGAAGCUCUGAUAAGUUUCAGAGAGGGUAGCACUGACUACAAAUCUCCAUCAAGGCAGAGAAAUCCAACUCGUAUCAGAAAGAAAAACACAAAGUUUUACAAUGAAGAUGAAGACACUUCAUUUUCGCUACGGCCGCGAGCCCCCAAGAAGAGAGAGCGUAAACCCGGUCUUGGAUUGACUGUUCAUGACAAAAAGAUGGCCCAAGCCAUCGGAGUACGACUUCGAAACCUACUGAAGUUACCUAAGGCCCACAAAUGGGUCUGCUAUGAAUGGUUCUAUUCCAACCUUGACAUACCCCUAUUUUUGAUGGAGAAUGACUUUUCUAUCUGCAUGAAGGAGUCUUUCCCACAGCUAAAGAUGAAGAAGCUGAGGAGGGUGGAGUGGUGUAAGAUCCGCCGCUUGAUGGGAAAACCUCGCAGAUGUUCUCCAGCUUUUUUUGAGGAAGAGCGAGGAGCCCUGGAAGCCAGACGUACCAAGAUCAGACUUCUACAACAAAGGAAAAUGUCAGAGCUACAAACCUUCAAAGAUUUACCCGAGGAGAUUCCCAUGCACCUUGUUAUUGGGACAAAAGUUACAGCCCGUCUGAGAAAACCCCAGGACGGGUUGUUUACAGGAGUGGUGGAUGCGUUAGACACGGUCACCAACAGUUACAGAAUCACGUUUGACCGACCGGGAAUCGGCACCCACUCUAUCCCAGACUAUGAAGUUCUGAGUGUGGAGCCCCAGGAGACUAUCCCACUGUCAGCAUUUCAGCAGAAGCACCGACCCAGGCAGCCCACCCUGUUCUCUCCUCCCAAGUUUGUUCCUAGUCUUGGCUCCCCCAACCCAGAGCUGGAUAACGACCCGCUGCUGAGUGGUUCCACCUUCACAGGGAAACUCCUCAGUCUGGAGGGCGGCACCUACGGGGGAUUCCCCAUCAAGUUCCUGGUCCAAGUGACAAGACUUUCCAAAAUCCUUUCACUGAAGAAAGACUGGAUAAACCAACUCAAGAAUUUAAACACAGAAGCGGAAAAAGCGAAAUCAUUCCAGCAGCCCAUCAGUCGAGACUUUCAGAAAAAGUAUGCAACCACUGUCCUGGAGCUAGAGCAACUUAACAAACAGCUGAGCGACUGUCUGGGAGGGGUGCAGAACUACUGCAAAGAGCUGGCUCCAGACAUGGGUAUGACCCCGCUUGAUGAACCCUCACAGAUCAAGACCAGCUGUGAUGAAGAGGCUGCAGACAUUGUCAACAGGAUUAGUGGGAUGUUCCAUAAAAGAACCUCAAAGAACCAUAGAGUGAUUGAUUUGAUCUCAAGUUUGACUUCACUCAUGCUGCAAGUUAGGACUUUUUCUGAACGUGAAUUUAACUCCUUCGAGUUCAAAUGUCUACAAGAUACACUUAAAGAAAUAAAAGAUAAAUUAGAUGGGAACAGCAUAAAUGCAUUCCAGAACAACGUAGAAAUCCAUAUAAAUCACAUACAGAGUGGACUCAGUCAGAUGGGGAACCUCCAUGCAUUCUCUUCCUCCACUUACAAAGUCUGACCAGGUGAAAGGUCAAGGCCAGUGUGAUUGACAUUGAAUGACCUGCAGGGUCACGACAACUGAAAGCAUGCCCCAUCUUGUUAUGGAUUAGAAGCAGGUCUUGUUUAGUUACAUUAGGGAAGGAAUGUGUGCAUGAUUGUGAUAAAGCAGUUGCUGUACUAUGAAGUUGUUAAACAACUAGAAAUUUUAAAAUGAGACCAGUGUUGUGUAAGAUGAUCAAAAUAAUGAUUUAAUGAUGUCAAGCAUUGUAUACAAAACAUUUGUUGUUGAUCAUAUAGGAUUUUCUCUGUGAAUACUCUUAGAAUUAUGUUAGUGAAUGUACAUAAUGGUAUUAAUGCAAUUAUGUAUGUGUGCAUGGUACAUGUGUGUACAUGUAAGAAAAAUUCAAGGAUGAAUUGUCAUAUCAUAUUGAUAGUUCAAUAUAGAGACAUUGUUUCAUGGAGAUACAAUAAAAUAGUUGUAAUGUA